AUGGACGUUCACUGCUCGAGAUCUCUCCGUGCCCAGAAGCAUCCUCUGGCGACCUUCUUCGUUGAGGCGCACGACUUCGUUCAUAAUGCUGGAGCGAUCCUCUACCGUCGUGUGAGGGCUCCUGCACCGGCUGCAGAUGGCGCGGCGAUCCCACCUGCCCCGGCUGCUGUGCCUGAUGACGCAGGACGCCCCCCGGCAUCUGUGGUACACAUCCCUGGUUUGCGCGCUCUCGUCGACUCGUCUCAUGAGCACUUCAUUCCUCCGCCUGCGCAGCGAAAUGUGACCCCUCUUGUCAUGCGCGUCUUCCCUGCUGGUUCUUUUCGGGCUUGUGUUUUGUGUCGUGAUAUCCUCACCUUGCACAGCCGCAGGACACACUCGCUCAAGUCGCAGGAUAGGGUCUUGCAGUCUACCAUCUUCGCUCAUUUUCCUGAGCGUGACCUGAGCCACUCUCCGAUGCGAGUCUCGAGCUACUACCCCCUCAAGGCCUUCCCGCACCGCUAUGCUCAGAUGCUCGACUGCUAUCUCCAUGGCAUGCCGAUCUGCCAGUGUCCGACGGAAUGUCUCGGAUGGAUGCUCCAGACCUGCAAACGCCGAUCCUCCAAGCUUCCCACGGCGCAUGACAACCUUACUCGUACGAUUCGGUCGAUGCUGAACGAAGCUGGUCUUCAGAGCGUCAUCGAUACAGUGGGGGAUCUCGACGGCAGCUCUGCCGACCUGACCAAGUGGGGGGAGGUCAACCUCGACGCCCUCCAUGUUGCAGCGUCUGAGAAGAUUCGCAAACAUCGCGCUGCAUAUGCCAUGACUACUCCUCCUCGAGCGUUCAUCCCUCUUGCCAUCUCGACGGACGGUACCCUGCAUCCUGACACCCUCCGCUUCAUCUGGUAUCUCGCGGACAUCAUUGCUCAGCGCUCAAUGCCUCUUGAGGAUGCGGCGUUUGGUCGGCACUUCGUGCCUGAUGACGGACCUGCUGCUGAGGUCUUGGCUCGCAAACGCGCCGCCACCUAUCAGCGCCUCACCAUGCAGCUGACGCUGGAAGCGCUCUUGUCUGGUGCGAGGCGCAUGACGCCCUUGCGGGCGCAAGCACUUCUCGAGCCAGAGGACAGCUCCUCCUCAGACUUUGUCGAGUCGCCCGAGGAGGAGCCCUUCGCCGGAGGUCUCCGACUCCGAUGGGGGACACCCUUCGAGUGGCCCCGACGAUCGGCGCGGAGCUGGCGAGGCGUCUCCGUCCCUCACUGUGACGUCGGGAACAAGCUGAACGGCGUCGCCGCCGUCACGGGCGGCUACCACUGA